AUGCUGCCUCGAGUUUUUCCACUUGCCACCCUGCUGGCAACAGCCUUUGCAAAGUCUUCUUCCCAAGUAAAAGAGGGGCUAUAUGCACGGAACGGAGUCCUAGUCACAGACGAAGAUGUUGAGAGAUUUGAGCUCUACUCUGAAUACGCUCGAUCGGCUUCUUGCAAUGUAGACAAGGGGCCUGACGAUCAAGUUACCUGUGAGGUCAAUUGCGACAAUGUCAUAAAGGACGAGGCCAUUAUCGACGAAACAUUCUACGGCCCCGUAUCUGACGUCGCUGCCUACGUAGCUGUUGUAGAGAAACGAGAACAGAUUGUUGUGGUGUUCCGACCAACAAUUAGCGAUGAAAACUGGACCACCAACUGCAACUACACAACCAUCCCUAGUGACGUUGUGGAGGGAGGUAUGGUUCAUGGUGGAUUUCACUACGCUUGGUCGGAAAUAUCCGUGGGCAUCACUGCGAGUGUCACGAAGCUUCACUCGAUUCACCCCACUUUCACUAUCGUUACUGUCGGACACUCAUUAGGUGGUGCUCUCGCAUCCGUUGCAGCAGCGGAUCUCAUUGCCCUUGGUCCUCCGGUUGAGAUCUACACCUACGGGGCACCUCGUGUCGGUAACGAUGAACUCAGCUCUUUCAUCUCUGCGACCACCACUGUUAGUCGAGUUACCAAUAACUGGGAUCCAAUUCCCCUCGUUCCUCUUGCUGAAGGCCCAGUCUUUGGUGGCCAGUACGAAUAUCGCCAUGUUUCUCCUGAGUACUGGCUCACAGGUCAGCCAGAGGAUGAGGUCCACUGGCCUGCAGAGGAUAUCAAGGUCUGUGAAGGAGGUCUCAACAUGGACUGCAACAGUGGUAUUCCAUGGAUCAACUUCACUCAGCACUCGUUGUACUUUGGUCCGAUGAACUGUAAAAGGUGGACUUGGGGACAAGCUAGCAACGGUGUUUAUAUCCCUGAUUAUGUUGAGGAUGAAAUCACCAAGAUUUUCUCUGGUGAUAUUUCGGUGUAUUCCGGAAUUGGAGACUGUUUUCAGCCAAAGCCCAAGCCUUAA